AGGAAAUCUCAACCGCCGACCGGAAACCCAAUAAGUCACCAAUUUCCCAUUCGACACCCUUUCCACAACCUUCAACAAUUUCCGACUUAUUCUGCUAUCGAAAUUCUCCGAAAAAUUCGAAAAUUUUCCGUCUAGUACAUACCUUGUCACUAGCGGCGCAAGCGUCGCGGAGCAUAAUGGGUGUCGUGCAAAAUGAGCAAGAUAUUCGGGAGAAAAUGAAAAAUGAACUGAUUUCGUUGGUCAAUGAGAUUGACUUAAUUCCCGAGUUGGAUCGGUUGUUGGAUGAUUUUAUUGAGAACAAGACAUGGAACGAGGACACUCAAGAGCUCUUUACCCGAGUCGUACUCAAACCAUUCACAACUUUGAGAACUUCUCUUCUCGUUGUUGAUUUUCAAAAUGAUUUUGUGACUGGAAGUUUGAGUAUUAAGGAAGGAGACGCGGAGCAAGAUCCACUGGAAGCUCUUCCUCAUGUCAAUAAUCUUUUGGAAAAUCUCAAUUGGAAUAUGAUAGUCUAUACUCAAGACUGGCAUCCAUCAAAUCAUAUUUCAUUUUUUGAACAUGCUCGGAAUCCGGAUAGGGAGUUGGCUCCAGAGGAUAAAAGUCGGAAGUUGAGACCAUUUGAUAUUGUUCGAUUUGUGAAGCCUGUUUCGACUAUUCAGGUUUUGUACCCAAGUCAUUGCAUUCAAGGUGGAUGGGGAUCUCAAUUGCAUUUGGGACUUCAGAGAAUUGAUGGAGCCCAUUACAUCAAAAAAGGAGCCGAUGUCUACGUAGAUGCAUACAGUGCUUUCAGCGAUAAUUGUGGAAUAAAACAAUCUGAAUUGGAAAUGCUUCUCCGUAAAAACGACAUAAAUGCAGUAAUUGGGUGCGGAUUGGCUUAUGAUAUUUGUGUAAUGCACACUUUAAAAGACGCAUCGAAACAUGGAUUUUUGACGUGUAUCGUUAAAAGUGGAAGCAAAGGUCUUUCCUCUCUGAAAAUGGAUGAAGCUAACAAGAUGUUCCAGAAAAGGGGCGUCGCUAUCAUUGAUGACGAGAUGGCUCAGUUGAUAUCGAGACGAGAAGCUUUUCCAAUUGAAUGGAUUCGUCUUCUGGUUCAUCAAGCCCAAAGCGAACUUCACGGAAAGAAAUGAUUUAUCUUUUUUCAUUUUUUUGCCCUUAAACUUCUCGACUUUUGAAACAUUGUAAUACCAUAAUGAACUGUUAUUAUUUAAUUUAA